UGUCACUAUUCAUUGAAGAAAUUCAUUAAGGCAAACCGACUUUGCUAAAACAGAAUCAAUUUAGGAAAAACGUGAACAUCCCAAUUAUUAAGAAACAUCAGCUCUUUAGAAAUUUAUUAGAUCAUAUAGAAUGCGGAAUUAUUCACGUAUGGCUCUUUGGGCGAUACCAUAUGUCGUGGUCACAAUGGGUUUUACGCUCGAUUUCAUUAAACUGAAGGAAUUCGAAAAGACUCUAAACAUACCACCAAUAGAACUGCUUAAAUUAGAUAACAAAUUCCGGGACCGGGUGUGGUUGAUGGAGGAGACCUUGGUGGCGAGAGGUAUCAUGCUACCGAGUAGAUCAAGGUUUAACAGGUUGCUCCACAAAGUCUUAAAUGGCAAAGAAAUCACAAUGGUAGCAAUCGGGGGGUCCAACACAGCUGGUGGAGUACUAGGAAGAGACGAAAACAGUAUGGAGGGCCUUUACAUGAAUGUUUUUGCAAAAUGGUGGAAAAGAGCCAUUACCCCGCUAUCAGGUUCUCAAAUCAAUGUGUAUAAUCUUGGUAUUAGUGGCGUUGGAAGUUAUUUCUGUGCAUUUUGCUUUGAGACGUUUUUACCGGAGGGUAAGGCUAUAGACAUUGUGCUGAUAGAACAAGCCGUGAAUUAUAGAAGAUCAAGGAAGCAACCAUCGAGACCGCUAGAGGUCCUAAUUCGCAGAGUACUCUCCCUGAACCCAACGCCAUUGGCUGCAUUAGUGAACUUCGUCCCGAGCCUUGGCAAAUUAAGAAACUUCCACUGCAAGAACCUCGAAGACUUUGGAGCUAACAGCGUCGCAAUGCAUUAUGGGAUAACGUCUUUCAGUCUCAAGCCGAUUUUGUGCCGACCUAAUAAGCGAGGAGAUUACGAAGUCCGCAAAGACCUUGUUGCGAUACCAGGGGUAGUCGCUUCGGAUGGGGCGCAUGUUGGCGUCAUUGCGCACGCGCAGACAGGGCUGAUGAUGAUAAAUACAGUACGGAGUGUGUUCCUUAGCCGGCUUGAACACCCACCACGGAAACCCGACACUUUUCCAAGUACAGCAAUACCACCUCCAUUGUACCCCAUUAAGCCCACGGAAAUACUUCACAAUCCACAGUGCUGGCUCGGCCCAACCCCAAACGGUUGCGUUGACAUGCAGCGUCCUAGUCUUUUGAUGACAGUCCAGAACUCCAACGCUUUCAAAUUCCACAAAUUGCUAAACAAGCUACCGCUUUUAUGCAACGGGAGGGAACGCACAGAUAAACACGCAGGGUGGGGAGGGUGGGGGGACAAAGCAUAUAUCAGCUUCAGUAUCACCGUGAAACCGUGGAAAUGCACGGCUUGUCAGGAUCGCUCCAGGUCGGUUAUUAUAAUUAUAAGGAAUUGGGGUAAUGGUGGUAGGGCACUGGUGUGGCUGGACGAUGACGUAGAAAGCGCACGUGACAUCACUAACGCACACGAGUUUGGGACUCUACUAUACACGGUGUCAGGACGCGUAAGGCCUGGUAACCACACACUCCACGUGCAGACCGUGCGCAAGGGCUUCUUUGUUGUCAGUGGCGUUACCAUUGGGCCACCAGACUUUAGCAAGUACGGGGUUAUGUAAGGACGUUUUACCUCCCUUCGAAAACAUCUUUGGAAACCCUAGAAACCAUGUAUUUCUUGCGUUUGCUAUCGCGCAUUUUAGUGAUUCAAACUGACUGUUCCUUGCGUGACUCGAGUUUUUAACUACCAUUUGAUUUUUGAGAGAUGUAAUGUGAUGCUAUUUGCAGUCAUGAAUUACCUUGCGGGCUGUUCCUAAUCGAUUUGGAGCGGACACGUCUCAUAAACUCAGAUGCCGGUCCGGGGGAGGGGCUUCUGCUAUCACGUGAUCUGGCAGAGCUACCACGUGACACGUCAGGUGACUUGACCGGUGCCAGAGAGGGCAAAGGUGCAUUGGGGCUCGCUAGCUGUUGACAAACAGAAAACAAUACUGUGUAAAUCCAACGUAUGUAUUCUAAGUUACCCAGAGUUCCUUGAGGUAGAGCGUUGUGAAAUAUCUUCCUCUUUGUGACUAUGUAGUACAUAUAUUUCUGAAGAAAACAUUCCCUCGGAGAGAUCUAGAUGAAUUGAGUUUUGCUCUGUUUAGCAUUGAGAGUUCUAAGAGGUGUAAUCGUUGGAGUUAAUUGUUUUACUUGUUUUGGCAAUAUAACGCACCCGUAUAAAUAAUAAAAACUCCAUGAAGAUA